CUGGCGCCCGGAAGGCCGCUCUCGCUCCCUGUAGCAAGGCGGCUAGUUCAAGUUGCCAUAGCGGCGAGGUGGGGAGGAAGCUGAGCAGAGUUGGGCGGUUGGAGCCGGCGGGGUGGGGGUGCCGGUGCCCUGAUGCUGAGGUCUCUCGCGAGGUUUCAAUACAUCAAUGGCAGAUUCAUCCAGUGAUUCAGACAAUUUUCUUCGUGGUCGUGUAGGAAGGCGGGGCCCUCUAAGAGCAACCCACAGCAGAGCCCGAAACCAUGGGGCUGGAGAUGUUACAGAGAAGAUCCAUACCUUAGCAAGCACUUUACAGGAUACCAACCGAAACCUGAAACACGUUGACCAGAUGCUAGGACAGUACAGAGAGUACAACAAUGAACAGACUGAAGCUAUAGCAACUUUAAAAGAGACACUGGAACAAUCUAUAGGCCAAUUAAGGAGCCAACGAUUGUCCAGAAAUUCUGGAAUGAGAAGUGCCUCUCUUUCAAGUUUAUACACAAGUGACCUGGAUGGUGAAGCAGCCACAGGGAGCCGCCAUUUCCAGCCUACCUCACCUCUCAGGGAUUAUGGAGACUCACAGAGCACUAGACGUCGGAGGUCUAGGUCUGCUAAUGUCCGGUUUGUCGAUGAGGCCAAUAAUUUGGACCAGCUACAUUCCUUACACCACUCCCUUCGAGACCUGAGCAGUGAACAGGUUCGCCUAGGAGAUGAUAUCAGCAGGGAGCUUUCAAGAAGAUACCGGACUGAUGCAGAAACCAAAAAGAUCUUGGCAGACUUGUCUGAAAAGCUCACUGAAUCCCAAAGACAAGAAACUGUGUCAGAGCGGGUAGAGAGAAGACUUCAAGAGAUAGAACAAGAAAUGCGCACAGAAAGGCAGGUGGUAGAAAGACGCCAGGACCAACUAGGACAUAUGUCUGUGCAGUUGCAGGAGGCUUUAAGGAAACGAGAUGCUAAAGCUGAUGAAAUGGAAGGACUGAUGAAAAAUAAACUUUUGAAAUCUGAAAAUGAAAAGAGCAAACUUGAGCAGGAGUUGGAGCGGUCCCAGAGGAAGUUGGAUCAGUCAGAAGACAGUCGAGAAGCUCUUCUGCAUCAGAUUGAGGAUCUCCAUUCCCAAUUACUGAAAGCAGAAGCAGACCGCAUGGAUUUGCAGCAUCAAGUUUCACAGGUUGCCAUGCACCGCCAAAGCUGCCAUGAUGAGCAAGAGGACGACAGGAGAAUUAGAUCAGUUGUUGAAAGGUCUGAGCGGGAGAAGCAAGAAUUGGAGAAACAGAUCCUGGAGUUAAGAGCAAAGCUGAAUCAUAGUGCUGUCAUGUCAGAGGUAGAGGAGUUGAAGCGUUGCAUAGAGCACAAGGAUAAGGAGAAAGCACAAUUUGCAAUGCACAUAGAGGUGUUAACAUCUGACUUGGAAAACAGGGAGAAGCAGCAGCAAAGGAUGCUGGACCAGCUGAAGGAGAUACAGAGCUGCUACAAGGCCUGUGAGAGUGAACGGAGGCAAACUGAACUCCAAACUGCUGAGCUGGCCCAGCAACUUGAAGAGUCUACUAAGGAAGCAGAUCGGUACCUUGCUGAAUUCAGGCAGUCUGAGACCCUUAGGCUAGAGACUGAGAAGAAGAAAGAAGAGUUGAAAGUGAAAGCUCAGGAAUCCAUUCGACACUGGAAGCUGAAAUAUAAGAAAUUGGAACGUGAUAUGGCGAAACAGAAUGAAACCAUCAAUCAGCUGAUGGACAAGAGCAAUCAGGUCCUUAAAGAGAAGGAUGACCUGAAGGCUCAGCUUCUCUCUGCUAUACAUCAGAUAGAAAACCUUCGGAAGGAGCUGAGUGAUGUGCUUACAAAGAGGGCCCAGCAAGAAGAGGAACUCCAUUGUAAGGAGGUGAAGCUCAGUGAAACCAAGUCUCAACAGAUAGUUCUUGAGCAAGAGAUCAGGGAAGUCCAAGAUAAAGCAAAUAAACUGGAGAGUGAGUUGCAAAAGCAGAUCCUGGUACAGAACCAGAUGAGAAAUGAAAAAGAACGUUUAGAGGAAGAGCUUGAAACAGCUAACAUGAUCAAUGAAAAAGACCAGGAAAGAUUCUUAGAGAUGCAAGAAGAUAUAAAAAACUUAAGUGCUAUUCGGGCAGAGCUGACAAACAGAAUAGCAGAGGAAGAAAAAGUCAAGAAAGAGAUUCUCAAGAACUUUUCAGACCUUCAAAAACAUCAGGCGUCUAAGCAAGAAGAGAUGACUACAGCUAGCUGGCAGCUGAAGAUGGAGAGAGAUGUUCACCAGCAGCAGCUGGCAGAUCUUAGAUCAGAGUUGAAGAAUGUGAAAACAAAGCAUGAGAGAAAUGUUCAAGAGCUGAUGAAGCUCUUUAGGCAAGAAAAGGAUGAGACAGAGAACCACAUUAGGAGGCUGAAGACAGAACUUGUAGAUGAGAAAAAUGUAGUAAAAGCUCAGCGUCGACAGGUGGAGAAGAUGAAAACUGAAUGUGAUAAGAUGACAGAAGAGUUAACCCAGAGUGAACAGGAAAACACAAAACUUAGACGGAAAUAUGAGCUUGUGAAACAGGAACUGGAGGAAAAGGAUAAACAGAUAAGCAGUGAAGAUGAUCAUUUGAGGAGGAUGGAGGAGGCCAGAUUACAGCUUAGGGAUCAGCUGCGUUGUCUAGAGACAGAACAAGAAUCCAUUCUCACCAUGAUAGGAAGUGAAAUUGAUGCAGCUUGUGAAAUCCUUUCCAGGGACUCUGUGGAGAAAUUCAAAGCAAUAUCACUUACACCUGGGUUACAGAAUGACCCUCAUCGCUGGUUAGCAGAAACAAAGACUAAACUUCAAUGGAUGUGUGAAGAGGUGAAAGAGAGAGAAAGCAAGGAACGGAAGCUGCGGCGCCACCUAUUGCAGAGUCGAGAGCAGCUUAAGCACUUGACAUUGAGCAAGGAGUGCGAGCAUCAAUCUCUCUUUGAACAAAUAAAAAAGCAAGAACAUAUCCUGGAGGAAGUUAACAGAGAAAAGAGAGAUCUGCUGGAGAAGACUCACAGGAGAGAGGAAGAAAUGGCAGCGCUACAGGAACGUAUCAUGGUCUUAGAAACAAGUACCCGAGUGGCCUUGGACCAUCUAGAGUCCGUUCCUGAGAAACUGAGUCUUUUGGAAGAUUUCAAAGAUUUUGGAGAAUCUCAUCGUCAGAGGGAGAUAAUUGAAGAGAGAUACACUAAAUACAAGGAAAUUGUGGGCUCUCUGCAGCAGCAGCUGGAGGAUUCAAAGAGCAGAAUCAAAAACUUCAAAGAUGAGAAAAUGGAUGCUGAUGUUUCUGACAUAGAAGCGGCAACUCUCUCCUCCAACUGGCGGACUAAAACCAGCUUUAUGUCUAGCUCACUGCUUUCAGAUUCAGGCUAAAAUCUACCAAUUUAUUCUGCCUUGGUCUGCUGCUUCAGCACAUCUGAGCUCUUAUACCUACACAGCACAAGGAAUUUCACCACAGAAUCAGAGGAGAUACUCUUUUUUUUAAGGUGGAAGUCCUGACACAAUCUGUCUUGCAGUGCAAUCUAGUAACUAUCUCAAUGUU